AUGCCGCGAGAUCGAUUCUUCCGACUCAGAAACGCCUUGCACGUCUGCAACAAUGACAGCGACCAAGAUGACAACAACCGAUGCUGGAAGGUUCAGCCGCUUUUAGAUCGUGUGAGGAAAGCCUGCCUGAAAAUUUCGAGGUCGCAUGCAGCCUGUGUGGAUGAACAAAUGGUUCCGUUUACAGGAAGAACACAACUGCAUCAGUACGUUAGGGGCAAGCCAAACCCGACUGGACUGAAGAACUUUGUGCUUGCCGACCGUCUAGGGAGGGUACUGGACUUUGAAAUUUACCAGGGUGCCACGACACCAAUUCCCUCAGAGCACAAGGACCUCGGAAUCAGCGGAGGGAUUGUCAUGCGGCUUGCUGAAACGAUGCCUCCUUGGGAGGACUGCGUGUUGUGUUUUGACAGGUUUUUCACGUCGGUGCCGCUAAUUGAGCGUCUUCUGAAGCAAGGAAUGUUAGGUCACGGUACUGUUAUGACGAAGCGAAUAAGGACAACCUUGAAGUCUGAUAAAGAGCUGCUUGCUGAUGGGCGCGGAUCAAGCCACAAGAAGGUGAGCGCUGACGGCAAAAUGGUUGUGGUUAAAUGGAUGGACACGAGGUCAGUUACGCUGCUGUCCCCGUGUUGUGGAACCGAACCAGUGGACACCACAAAGCGAUACGACAAGAAGCAAAAAAAAUAUGUUGAAGUAGAAAGGCCAGCGUGCGUCCGUUUCUACAACAAUCACAAGGGUGGAGUAGACCUGAACGACUUCCUGAUCAGCCUCUACCGCAUAAGAAUGAAGACUGAAAAAUGGUCUGUUAAGGUCAUUUUUCACUUCACUUAUCUCGCUUUGGUGAACAGUUGGCUCAAUUACAAGGAAGACACCAAAGAGGCAGGCUACACAAAGAGCCAAGUGCUGAAUCUGCUAGACUUCAGGAUGCAGGUAGCAGAAGCUCUUAUCAGAGGCUCCGAAGAAAGAAAACGCCGUGGACGGCCAUCUGCGGAUGCUAGUGGUCAUUCUGAACACCACCACAGGACUGCCGUCCAAAUUCCCGGACCGGACGUUCGUUUUGAACAAGAAGGUCAUUGGCCGGAUCCGCAAGCAAUGACCAACUCUCCUAGGUGCAAGCUUUCCGGUUGCAAGGCCAAGUCGCAAGUUCAAUGCUCUAAGUGCAAGGUGUUUCUCUAUCUGAAAGCAGGCAAGAACUGUUUUCGUGAUUUCCAUCACAAGUGA